AUGAUGGAGUUUCGGAGAAAGAAUAGGUCGGGAUCAACAGUGUCACCAAAGGGUAGAGCUGUAGAGCAACACUUUGGUACUCUCAAUGCUCUUAUAAAUACACGUAAUAGUAAUAAUAGUAGUAGUAGUAAUAGUGCACAUGCAUCACAACAACAACAACAACAAUUCACAAAGGAGGGACUGCCUCUACUUGAAACAAUACUGGACAAGGCCAAGUCAAUGGACACCACCGAGAAGAACUAUUGUAUAUCAAGAGGUGGUCUCACAAUCCUGAUACAAUGCGUCUGUUACUGUGGCAAGAUAUCUUGUAACAGUGAUCUUGCUCUAGAGAUAUGCCAACAAUUGAUUGAUAAUAGCCACGAGGCAUCAAGACUGUUUUGUAAACAGUUGAUAUCACAUCUCUAUGAUGAGAUUGAGUGUGUAGGCAUUGCCGAGACACUGUCUAAGCUGAUAGCAUUAUAUCCUUUGCGAUCGAUAUUCAUUGAGGAUCUGUGUAUACCUAGACUACUGGAGAUAUACUACAAGGGCACUGUUGCCAUGUCACAAAAGAGGAGUGGAGGAGUAUGUGUCAUUGAUAGGCCAGUCGAUAUACCGGCCAAUGGUUAUGCAGACCUAUUGAUAUCAUCGGCCAACUUCUCCCCACCCGGUGCAAUCCUAUCUCCAACACCACUAUCAAGUAGUGGCGGCAUUCAACAGCAACAGCAACAACAACAGCAGCAACAACAGCAGAGUAGUAGCAACAACAACAAGGGCAGCUUCAUAUCAUCAAGACGCAAUCUAAGAGAGUCUUCGUCGGGAGCGAUUCGCAACGAUGAGGCCAAUGCCACAGCAAGCAAUGGAUCAUCACCAACCGAGUCACCAUCCAUAGUAGCAUCACAUCCACAGCAACAACAUCAACAACAACAUCAUGGCAACUCACUAGUACCACCCUUGAAUCUCAAGCCUCUGUCAAUGUCCACAUCAUCGGCUUCUUCAUUGUCGGCUGGUUCCAAUCGCACUGUUACAUACAGUCCAAUGUCACUGCCCACCAGUCCGACAUCGUCCAACUCCUCCUCAGCUUCUCGGAUACCAAAGCCAAUCAUUCCACGAUUGAACCUACCCAUGCGAGUGGAGAACAGCGCCAAGAUGACCAGAAGUUCAAGGCGACGCGAUGACUCCAACUCCUCGACAAGGAGUCUGACAGGAGGUGACGUAGGCAAGGUGGAGACCAACACAUCCAAGGAGCUAAGCGAUAUAGCCACCAAGCUUGGAGAGACAUACAUGACAACCGACUUGUCUGCACUGAUGUCUUACAAGCAGGCAGUUGAUGCACAUAUAUCAUCGACUACAUUGAAGAGGAAUAGUUAUGCUCCCAAGCGACUGAUCAUACCAGAUACUUCGGCGGGUGUCUCAUCAGACACUCAUUCACUCUCCCCAGACAUCAACUCAUACAAGAACUCCAAUCUCUUCAAAGUGAGAUGCUUCAUCAUGAAGACUGUCAUUGCUCUCACCUCUUACAAUCUUUGGCUUCUCCAAUACGUCAACAACCCAAUGAACUUGCUGUACUCUGAGUUACUGCUGGUUUACAAGGGUAUCAUCCCAGCUGAUGGGGAGUACUUGAAGCUGGUGUUCCAGUUGGCAGGUAACUGGGCAGACUAUGUAGAGUACAUUCAUAGGAUCAGAUGGAAUGAUGUGACCAAGGGUAUGUCAUCAGACCGAAAGGCAGCAUUCAGAAAGAAGCUGGACGUGCUGCUCUGGCGAAUCAACAACAACAUACGUUAUGUGAUCGACACGAACAUCGUUGGUGACCUGGAGCACCAGCUGCAUCUGCUGGCCGACUACAUUGAGCAUUGUCCCACGCGUAUCAUGCCGUCUCAAGUGGUCGACGUGUGCAUCGAGGCGCUGCUGCGCAUCAAACACUACAUCUUCAAGGGCAAGAUCACCAGCGAGCGCUUCAGGGAUCUACACAUCAUCCACUACCUUCUCUGUAUAUUCGAUGCCAUCAUUGACCAGAACAUGCAUCCGCCACUAAACGACAUGUUCCUGGCAAUAUUCAUUGAGCGCGACGACACCUUCCACUUCAUCCGCCACUACACUCAAUAUCUACUGGCAAACGACAAUGUGGAGCGCGAGCUUCUCAAGAACAGCAGUGGCACUGGCGGUAUGCCCACCCAACACGCUGCCGAACGCAGACAGAUGCUAGUUGAGCUUCGCUCGCGAGUACUCAAGCAUCAUCUGGUGUGUGUGAGGAUGCUCAAGCGAACACAGGGCGAGUCCAACACUGAGGCUGACAAUCAACACACGAGCGAACUUGUCAAGAAGAUGGAGUACCUGUUGCUGCCCACUGGCGGUGUGAUCCUGCCCUUCCUUCAAGCCUCUGCCUACUCCACACACUUUGAGACCAAGCGACUAAUGCUUGAGCUGCUCAACACCAUCUUCUCAUUCAAGUGGAACCCAUUCACCAAGAAGAAGCUCUACAUUGAUGCAUACAUAAGCUACUUCUACAUUAGCUUCAUCAAACUGUACAACAACUAUGUAAUCGAUUCACAGACACUGUCACUUUGUAAACUUAUCCUCAACAUACUGAUAGCAUUCUCAGUCAACAAGAACGAGAAGAUAACGAUGAAGUUCUAUCAGUUAAAGACGAUGGACUUCUUGGUGAGGGAGGUCAACUUGGAGUAUGAGAUCAAACAGAAUAGGGAUCACUUUAUCGAACCUUUCUUCUUUAGGAAGGAUGGCCAAACAUCAUCAACAUCAACAACGACGACGACAACAACUGCCACAAACAAACCGGCUGAUACAGUCAGGACAUCAUCAGCACCACCACCUGUAAAUAUACCCAGUGGUGCCCUAGCAUCAUUCAAACCCAAGCUUCCACCUCUGAAGCUACCGCCAAAGAUUGGCGACAAAUCACCAAGCACCAACACAGUAGCGCCAUUACCAUCAAUCCCUCCCAAGGUCCCUCCAAUCACACAACCACCCAUCCCCCAGCCAGUCCAAACCAUCUCCAAGCCAGUACCUUCAUUAUCAACCUCUACCACCCCAGCAACAGCAACGACAACGACAGCGGCAACAACCUCCCCUCCCAAGCCUGGUCUUGCAGCAAUACCAAAGAUAUCCAUACCAAAGCUCACACUGCCCCUGGUCAAAGUUCGCUCCACAGAGAGUGAGGUCAAGUCACUGUCUGACUCUGUUCAAGCACCUGGAUUGCUCUCUGCCAUCGAACAAAAGAUCGAUCCACAGGACCCCAAGUUCCAACUAGUACUUGGAAAUCCAGUGCCAGCAGCAUCUGCUGUGGCGCAGGCCGCCAGCGAUGCGACCUCAGCCGAGCCGACAGCAAAAGAGCUGCAUCGUUACAAGGUCGAGAGAAACAAUCGAAAGCUGUACCACGACAAGGACCUGCACAUCUCCAUUCUGCAGCUCAUCUUUAGUCUUUUGCUCAACUCGAAUCACACGCUGGAGCAGCUAUACUCGGACCAAUUCCCACUUGUGGCCAAGAAGUUGAACGUGCCAUUCAUCCUGCAGCAGCACAUCAAUCAUCAUCAGAAUGAGAGUCUGAUCCCUGAGCUGUGUCAACGCACCCUCGAGAUGGGACUCAACUACUUCCGAGUGUUGAAGCUCCUCUUCAACAAGUUGUUCCACUCGUCUCUGUUCAAGGACCUGAAGCGAGUGGCCAAGGGUGCCUACGGUACAGUGUACAAGGGCACACUGGGCUAUGAUGAGGGACUGGAGAUCGCUGCCAAGCUCAUGUCCGUGCCCAAGUCCAUCCAUGACCGAUGUGCCCUGCACGACAUCUUCACAGAGAUCCUUAUCAUGGACAACUUUAGGAGUGAUCUUCGUGCCUGUCACAUGUUUGACUAUGGUGUCGAUGGCGAAAACUACUGGAUCGUGAUGAAGUCCUACAAGUGCUCACUAAAAGAGUGGCGACUCAAACAAACCGGCCACUUCCUGCAGCAGCUGCCUCUCUACCUCAACAUCUACAUGAAUGUCCUUCAGACCGUCCAGUUCCUCGUUGAGAACAAGAUCAAUCACUUUGACAUCAAGUGUGACAACUUCCUUGUGCAUCCAAUCAAGAAGGGCACGAUUGAGGAGGACUUUUGGAAUCAGCCAACGUAUGAUCCAAACUUUGUAGUUUGUUUGGCUGAUUGGGGCGAGGCCAAGGUGUACUCGGCAGACAUUGAGGGCUACACGACAAGGAAUCGUGGCACAGAGUUCAUCAAGAGUCCAGAGAUGCUGGCCAUUGCCUAUGCCAGUCAAAAGACACGCGAGAACUUUGACCGUCGUAAAAAGGUCGGAUCAAACACCGCAAGCGACGUCUGGUCGCUCGGCUGUCUUUUCUACGAGCUGCUCACGGGCGAGUUCCUGUUCUACGACGACGACUGGGUCAAAUUCUUCAUCAGAGUCACCCAGCCAGGCCAGGAGCUCAUCACACAGGACAGGAAGUCAAAGAUCCACAACAUACCGGCGAUCCUCGAGUUUAUGGACUUUGUCUUUGUCCGCGACCCCUUCUAUCGACCCACGCUCAGAGACCUGCUGACCAAGUUCACCUCGAUCAAGCCGGUCAUCAUGGCGCAGCUGGAGCAACUGAAGCAGCAACUGGACAACGAACAGCUGCACAACCAGAACCAGCCACGCCUCUACUACAAUGGUGGCGAUGGCACCAGAUACAAAGGAACCAACCGCUCCAGCGGACACUAUGGUCCAGGUCGAUUCCUGCCGCACACCUACAAUGUACUCAACAACCCCACCAAGUCCAACAACAACUCCCAAUCACGUCUUCACGAGUUCAACCUGUUGCCUGAGCUACCCCAUGAGCCACCCGAGUUCCCCGAGCACAAGUACCUCAUGGAGAUACCCUCAAAGAUCACCUCAUUCAUGUACAUCUCUUCAUUCAACCCAUCGAUGAACAAGAAUAUGUUAAAGAAUGAUUUCCGUUCACCAAACGCAUUCCCUGAUCACUUUGAGUAUCUUCACCUGCAACUGCACGACGACCCCUCACAGGAUAUUCUUCACUCAUUGACGUCGGCCUUUGACUUUAUUCGUGACGCAAUCAUGCAUCAAGGAAGAGUACUGAUCGUCUCUGAUAAGGGCGUGUCCAGAUCAGCAGCAUUGGCCAUUGGAUACUUUAUGGACUCGAGAUCAAUCAGCUACUUUGAAGCGUUCAUCUUGAUCAGAGACCAUCGAUACAUUGUCAACCCGAACCAAGGCUUUGUCGAGCAACUCUGUCGCUGGGGCAGACAGAGGCGAACUCAAAAGGGACUGGCGGAUUGGGGCGGUGGCGUGGAGACCUACGCCAACAACACCACCCAGUAUCAAUGCCUAUGUGGAGCUUGUGUCUUUACACUUCUGACACCAUUCGAUUCAUCUCGAUUCAACAACCCGCGACACUGUUGUUGUGAACGAAGCGAUGACUGUCCCAACUUCCUUGGCUGCUCUGCAUUCCUUCUCGAGAUGAAGAAGCUGCACAACUUUGGCUCAUCCAAACAUGUCAUGUGGGGCUACACCAACAUAACCAAUGUUGUUGGUGACUACAAACGAUCUUCAGUUGAGGUUGCCAAUCCAUCCAAAUCAAGAAAGAAGGACUGGAUAUUGUACAAAUGCAGGACCUGCCACUUUUUGACCUAUGCACUAUCGACAUCACCAAACAAUCAGAUCACUGGAACAGAUAAGCCCAUCGCCAUUGUAACAAACCUAAGGACCAACCAUCUGCCAAUGAGGAAAUAA